AAAUAGCUCACAUCCACAUGCCGUAAUCUUUAAUUAGUGGGAUACAGCUGUGUUUAAUUAGCGCGGAGUCAGUGGCGGGUUCGUGGUGACGCUUCACUGCGGGAAUAAAAUCACAGACUGGUAUCGAGGCCUUUCACUGGGCAGGCUUAGGUGCUCUUAGAUGGAUUACGCUAUGAAGUCCUUCAGCCUUCUGACUCCAUCUUCCCUGUCCAAGUGUGUGACAGCCAGCGCUUCCAUGACCCAGCAGCUCCUGUCGGGUCGAGCGCCUCAGUCAAAACCCUUUAGAAUUACAAAUGCUGACCGCAGUGUGAAGAAGGGCAUCAUGGCUGAGGCGCUGGAAGACCUGAUGAACAAGGUCAGUGACUCAUUGAACGUAUCGUGUGUCAGCGCCCUGGUGCUGGAUGAAGAUGGCACAGGUGUGGAGACAGAAGACUUCUUCCAGACUUUGCCUGAAAACACUGUCCUCAUGGUCCUGGACAAGGCACAGAAGUGGACUCCACAUCCAUACAGCAUCCCAUACAGAAAUCAGCUCAGCGAAUGCAGGAAGCAGCACCGGAUGAAUUUGGCCAAAGUGACCUUUGACCUCUACAAGAACAACCCCAAGGAUUUUAUUGGCUGCCUGAAUGUGAAAGCAACGCUGUAUGGUGUUUAUUCUGUGUCCUACGAUCUGCGCUGUUACGCUGCCAAAAGGAUGCUGAAGGAGGCUCUCCGAUGGACCAUCUUCUCCAUGCAGGCCACGGGCCACAUCCUGCUGGGCUCCUCCUGCUACAUUGAGCAGCUGCUGGAGAAUGAGGAGCAAGUGGAGAAGAGCCUGGCGCUGCCACAGGAAGGCAGGAUCAGGCAGCUGCAGAGCUUGCUGCUAGGAAAGAGCUCCCACCGAUGAUGAACUGGAGGUGACGGUGGUAGAGCUGAUGUUGACUAUCAUUUGUUCUUGGAUUUCAAACACGGUGUAGUUGUCACAAAUGAACCGUGUGAACUCUGUGUGGUCAUGUCAGUUUCUUGUUUGGGAACAUGACAGAUAUUUCAACCAUCUCUUCUCACAGUCACUUUCUUGCUCUGUUACUUUGUUUCGUAUUUAUGUAGAAGUCAACACAAUUUCCCCAGAAAGCACUUUGACUCACUACUGUGUAACUUGUCUUGUGUAGAUGAAUAAAUAAAAACUAACACUUUUA